AUGCAUUUAGGAGUUCAUUUAACUCCUAGAUCAGUUGAGGCAUUGAUAUGUAUGCAAAAUUGGUUGAAGGGAGAUGACAUUUCCACAAAUUUAGAAGAUGAACCUACUCCUAAAGAAUAUGAGUUUUAUGAGAGUGUUGGAUUAGAAUAUGCAAGUACUAAAGCUCCUGUCACCAAUACAACACAUUAG